UGGGUCACUGUGCUCACUGCCAGGGUUUAUUAGGUCCUUGUCUGGGCUGCGAGAGGGAAAAAGCCCCCGAGGAGCUGCAGGCAGAGCCGGGGGGGGACACUCCCUGAGUCCAACCCGCUGACGAGCCAGCGCGGUUUCCUCCGGCCGGCCCCGCUCGUGUCAUACACCCAGACUCAUGAUUCAUCUCCUGGACUGCUCAGAACCUCCGGCCGGCCCAGAGCUCCUCUCCAUCGCUCACGGCGGGGCCGGUCCCAGCAGCUCCCCAGGCUCGGGGCUCGGGGGAGAAGAUGGGAACCCUCGGCUUGGCUCUCGGGAUCCUCACGCUCUGCUCUGCUGCUGCCUGGGGGGGUAACAUCUGCACCACCCGUGGGGUGAGCUCCUGCAAGCAGUGCCUGGCUGUCAGCCCCCUCUGUGCCUGGUGCUCCUCAGAGGACUGGGCACAGUCGUUCCCUCGCUGCGACCUUCAUGCCAACCUCCUGCAGAAGGGCUGUGGGCAGGACAAGAUUGAGUUCCCCACCAGCACCGUGACUAUCCAGCAGGACCAGCCCCUCAGCAACAAGGGCUCAGGAGGCUCCAGCACCACCCAGAUGAGGCCCCAGAGAAUAGAGCUGAACCUGAGGCCGGAUGACUCCCAGAUCUUUCACAUCCAAGUGCGUCAAGUGGAAGACUACCCCGUGGACAUCUACUACCUGAUGGACCUGUCCAACUCCAUGAAGGAUGAUCUGAGGAACAUCCAGCACCUGGGCACCAGGCUGGCCAGCGAGAUGCGCAAGCUGACCAGCAACCUGCGCAUCGGCUUCGGGGCCUUUGUGGACAAGCCCAUCUCCCCCUACAUGUACAUCUCUCCUCCAGAAGCCCUCAAGAACCCUUGCUAUGAGACUGGGGAAACCUGCCUGCCCAUGUUUGGCUACAAGCACGUCCUGGCGCUGACGGACGAGGUGACGCGCUUCAACGAGGAGGUGCAGAAACAAAGUGUGUCCCGGAACCGCGACGCGCCCGAGGGCGGCUUUGAUGCCAUCAUCCAGGCCACCGUGUGCCACGAGAAAAUUGGAUGGAGGAACGAUGCUUCCCACCUGCUGGUCUUCACCACGGAUGCCAAGACCCACAUUGCCCUGGAUGGCAGGCUGGCUGGCAUCGUGCAGCCCAAUGAUGCCCAGUGCCACAUUGAUGAGGACAAUUUCUACUCCGCCUCCACCACGCUGGACUAUCCCUCUUUGGGCCUGAUGACUGAGAAGCUCUCACAGAAGAACAUCAACUUGAUCUUUGCUGUGACAGAUACAGUUGUUGGGCUCUACCAGAACUACAGUGAGCUGAUCCCAGGCACGACUGUGGGCACCUUGUCUGCAGACUCCAGCAAUGUCCUGCAGCUCAUCGUGGACUCCUACGGGAAAAUCCGCUCCAAGGUGGAGCUGGAGGUGCGUGACCUCCCCGAAGAGCUGUCCCUGGCCUUCAAUGCCACCUGCCUCAACGACGAGGUCAUCCCUGGGCUCAAGUCUUGUGUGGGGCUCAAGAUCGGGGACACGGUGAGCUUCAGCGUGGAGGCCAAGGUGAGGGGCUGCCCCCAGGAGAGGCAGAAAUCCUUCACCAUCAAACCCGUGGGCUUCAAGGACAGCCUGACCGUGGUGGUGAACUUCGACUGCGACUGCUCCUGCCAGAGCCAAGCCCAGGCCAACAGCUCGUCCUGCAGCCAGGGCCGAGGGACGCUGGAGUGCGGCGUGUGCCGCUGCCACCCGGGCCGCCUGGGCCAGCACUGCGAGUGCUCGGAGGAGGAGUUUAGCCCCUCGCAGCAGGACAACUGCAGCCCCCGGCCCGGCCAGCCCCCCUGCAGCCAGCGCGGGGACUGUCUCUGCGGGCAGUGCGUGUGUCACAGCAGCGACUUCGGGAAGGUGAGCGGCAAGUUCUGCGAGUGCGACGAUUUCUCCUGCGUCCGCUUCAAGGGUCGGAUGUGCUCGGGCCAUGGGCGGUGCAGCUGUGGGGACUGUCUGUGUGACUCAGACUGGACAGGUGACAACUGCAACUGCACCACCAGAACAGAUGCCUGCCUGGCCAGCAACGGGCUGGUGUGCAGCGGGCACGGCUCCUGCCUCUGCGGCCGCUGCGACUGCACCCAGCCCGGAGCCUACGGGGACACCUGCGAGAAGUGUCCCACCUGCCAGGACGCCUGCACCAUCAAAAAGGAGUGCGUGGAGUGCAAGAAGUUCGAGCGGGGGGCGCUGGUGAAGCAACAAACCUGCAGCCGCGUGUGCCGCGACGAGAUCGAGACGGUGCAGGAGCUGGGUGACCGGGGCAAGGACGCCGUGAACUGCACCUACAAGGACGAGAACGACUGCGUGGUGAGGUUCCAGUACCACGAGGACUCCAGCGGCAAGUCCAUCCUCUAUGUCAUCGAGGAGCCAGACUGCCCAAAGGGGCCAGACGUCCUGGUGGUCCUGCUCUCGGUGACAGGUGCCAUCCUGCUGAUUGGCCUGGCUGCCCUGCUCAUCUGGAAGCUCCUCAUCACCAUCCACGACCGACGGGAGUUCGCCCGCUUCGAGGAGGAGAAGGCCAGGGCCAAGUGGGACAUGGGCAACAACCCUCUAUAUAAAGAGGCCACAUCAACCUUCACCAACAUCACGUACCGCGGGAACAUGUGAGGACGCUGCACCCAGCGCCGGCUGUGGGACCAGCCACGGAUCUCUGGGACCUUCUGGAGCCUGGUUUACAGACAAGCUUGUGUGUGUCUGUGUGUGUGAGCGUGUCUGUGUGUAAUUUAACAACCCCUCGACUGCCUCCCAAGCCCUGUUGUCUGUCACCCCCACUGUAACUGCAGGGAUGUGCUUUCCACGACAAACCUCUGGUCCUUACCUCGGCGGGUCACCUGGCAGGAGCUGGUGGCCCCUCCAUACACUGAACAUGUAGAAAUGAGGCUGUCUCUGCCUGGAGAGUCUGUGAACUGUUAGGUGCUCAUUGGGCCAAGAGGAUUUGGGGAGCUUGCUGCUCUGACAAGCUGUGCUCUCCUCCGUGGUCUCUGCUGGUGAAGCUCUGCCCACCCGGAUGGUCCCCUUGUGCACUGGACAGAUGUGGUGUCCCAGGGGACAGGAGCCAUCGUGGGGGUUGAGGACACCACUUGAGCAGCCCAACAGCCCCCCCCCCCCCCCCUCCUUCUUGUAGCCACACGUUUCUGGUGCUGCUGUGGCCCAGGAUGGUGAAAAACAACCACCCCAGCAUCACCGUCCCCUCCACCUGUGCUCAGUUUGCUCCACCAGUCAACUCCACGUAGCAUUGGCUGUGCUGGUCCCAGCUGCAGCCUGGCUCAGCCCCGGGGGUGGUGCUGAGCUCCCUGUGACCUCCCCACCCUGUCCCCACGCUGCCAAGCCCAGGGAUGUGCAGGCAGCAGCCUGGGGAGGGUGGUGAUGCCUGUUAUCCCUUCAGCCUGGUCACCUCUCUCCCUUUCCUGUGCCUUUUGGGCUGUGUAAUUGCACCACACUCGGUUUUCUGUGUAGCUCAGGGUUCCAGAAGAGCAGGCAGGGUUCAGGCCACAUCCUGCUGCCUGGGGCUGCCUAUCACUUGUGGUUUAUCCUGUGGGGAGAACAAAGGAAUGUCCCAGUAGCAGAGUCGGGCUGUGACAGUGCUGCUGCCUGCUGGCACCAAAAAGCAGCAGAGACCUUGUGCCUGGUGUGGGGCUGGGCCCGAGGCCCCCAGCAGCAGGUUGGCUGAGCUGGUGGUGGCUUUAUGUCCCUGUUCCCUGGCUGGGAUGUCCCCAGGAGCUUGGGGACAGGGGCUGGUGCUGGGGUGGGAGCUGGGGCUGAGCCCCAGAGCAGGGGCUGGGUGGGCAGCAGCAGCAAUAAUUCACACCAUGGAAAUAACAAGAAAUAAAA